AAUGUUAUAUUAUCCGUUCAAAUAACGGCGCUUUUCAUAUGUGAUAUGCAUUGAGAUAACAUAAUUGGAAUGGAGCUGCGCAGCAAGUAUAAUAAAUUGAAAGAGCUGCUCAUAGGAGCCGGUGCCUACGAGGAAGGCAUGGAAAUCGAGGAAAUGCGUCAACUGGCACAGGUAAUGGAAAUGUCAACCUCAUCGUACACAGGCGUCGAGUGCUCCAAUCUCGAGCGAGCGCUCCUGGAGAGCGAAAUCGAUUUUCAAAUGAUGGUAAACUCCACCAUGAUCGUGCAGCCGGCGACGACGCCGACGCCCUCCAUCGAUGUGUUCAUUGGCGCAGGCAGCUUUGAACGCGACUGCGAGAGCCCCACAAGUAAUCCCGUUCAGCUGCAAGUGCAGGCUGUGGUGCAUCACGAGCUGAACUGGAGUCCCCGAGCAGGCGCUGUGCGCCCACGGAAACGAGAAGCCAGCGAGUCCAACUACGACCUUGACUCAAAGCGUGCCUUUCAGCCGAUGGAGGAGGAGGAGGAGACAAAUCCGAAUGCCACGCCCGAAUCGCUGGCUAGCGCUGACUCCGGCGUCAGCUGCGAAGAGGUCGGCUCCUUGUCCAGCAUCAGCGAGACAUCCACACUGCCAUCGAUUGGCGAAAUGCCGAGUCGCCUUCUGAUCAGCACCAGCAGCGCAGCUGUCUCCGACUUCUCAGAACGUGACGAAUGCAGCCCCGUCCACAUUAACCCAUAAGCCGUACACUUGAAAUCUUCAAUUAAUUGUUCGGUGAUGCAUUUAGCUGAGCAUGUUAACAAAGUUUGAUAAUCUAUCUAAACGGCA